AAAGAGUUUCAUUGCACUUCUAUCCCCCUUAUAAAUAAAAACUCUAACUCCAUCGUUAGAUUAGGUAAAGAUUCGACGAAAAAAUGGGAUAGAACUAAUGUUGUAUACAAGUUUAAUUGUAAAAACUGCCCUGCAACAUAUAUUGGCGAGACGAAACGAUCAUUAUUUACUCGCAUAAAUGAACACAAAAAAGUGAAUGACAACUCUGUAGUUUAUCGACACCGAACCAAUUUUAAUCACGAUUUUGACUGGGAAAACACAAAAAUCUUGGACAAUGAAAAAAAUUUUACAAAACGACGAAUAUCUGAAAUGAUCCAUAUUAAAACUAAUCGUUCCACUAUCAACAGAAAGGAAGACAUUUUCACUCUAAACAAAACCUUCUUUCCUCUUCUCAGACGUAUAGACUCUUGCCUUUAACGAUACACAACAAUAACAUAACUUUCUGACAACCUGUGUUUAUAUAUAAGUUCAUUGCCCCUUCUCGUAUCAAUUUGACUUUCUUAUAUCGUUAAAUUCUAAUUUUAUUUCAGUUGACACUGAGACAGUGUAAUGAAAUGUCUUCCUUUCUAAAUUUUAACUCUAUUUUUAACUAUUUAAUGUGGAACAUGUGUUGUAUUUUAUUUAUUUAUUGUUUUUUAUUUCUUGACAAGUUAAAACGUGUCUCUAUGUUUUAAUGAAUUAGUUCCGCCAGACAUCCUGGAUUAUCCGACAAGUACAGAUAUGGUGGUAAAGGAAGGUAGCAAUGUAACUUUGAGAUGUGCUGCUUCUGGUUCUCCCGCUCCUAAUAUCAUUUGGAGACGUGAGUCUGGUGACCGGAUACCAGUCGGAAGCAACGAAGUAGCGCACGUCGAAGGUCCUGUAUUCAACAUAACGAAAGUUAAUCGAUUACACAUGGGUCCAUACCUCUGCAUUGCAUCUAAUGGUAUACCUCCUACAGUCAGCAAGCGAAUAAUGCUCGCUGUUCAUUUUCCGCCAAUGAUUUGGAUACAAAAUCAGCUAGUUGGUGUUGAAAUUGGUCAACAAAUUACCCUUGAGUGUUUAUCUGAAGCUUAUCCUAAGUCAAUCAACUACUGGAUGAAGGAAAACAAUGAAAUUAUUUCAAAUGGUGACAAAUACGAACCUCUUCUGAUGGACAAUGCAUACAAUAUAACCAUGAAGCUUACAAUAAAAGAAGUGAAUAUGGAAGACUUUCAAACAUACAAAUGUGUUUCCAAGAACCCACUGGGGUUUACGGAUGGAGCCAUCAAGCUCUAUCAUUCGCCAUUACCGACUACACAGUCAACAACAACGACGACUACUACAACUACAACUACCACUACUACAACUACAACAACAGCUCCAAAAGUCGUCACUAGAACAGAAAGGAAGCAAAGAAUGAGACAAAAGCCAAUACCUACAGUUUUACCAAGUUCGAAUGAAGUUGCCGAGUUGCAAGCUGUAGCGAAGAGCAGAGAUCGAGGACUUCAACUUCGAGGGUCGCCUAAUGACCAGGCAACAAAUAAUGCCAGAGAAAGAAUAAGCGGUGGUCUUGGAGGUGGAUUUCGAUUAGAUAUUUCGGGACCCUCAAUAGCAUCAAAUAAUUUAUUUUUUCUAUUUACGAAAAAAUACAGUGUUCAAUUGGCUCUUGUUACUUUGUUAACAGUUUUGUCGUAGUUGGAGUUACAAUUAAUAAUUUUAUUUGAAAAUAAGUAACUGAUCCAUGAAUUACUAUAAAAUACGAAAUAUUACUACAUAGCAAAUAGUGAUACUUACAAUUUUUAAUUAUUUAUAUUCUAUAAGCGUUUUAAUUAAGUACAUAAUUGUAUGUAUUAUCAGUAUUGUCCUGUCUGUCGCGGAAUGUGGACCUUAUAAGUUUCGCUUCAUGCAAAAUUCUAAAAAUAGUAUAUUAAAAAUCAAAUUAUCUUCGUUUUUCUUUCUUACUAUUAAAAACAACUCGGACGUUAAAGACUUACUAUAAAAAUCAAACCCUCACAGCACCGGGAUAUUCAGGAUAU